UAAUCCUUCUCUGUUCCAUCCAAAAAAACUGCCCUCUUUUCUGUUUUUUCAGUGUUAGCGCUCGCAAGUUAGGGUUUUCAUUUUGAUUCUUCCAUUCAAUGCAAAGUUGAAGAACCUGAUUUGAAGCUCAAAUUAGGGUUUAUAUAUGGAAAUAUCAUCGGAAGAUCCUUUCUUGUUCACAUCAAAUCCUCUGAAAUGCAACUUUUCCCCUUACACUGCUCCUCCAAAUACUUUUGAUAUCGAUCAUAUCCUCAAAACGGCAACCAAUGAUGGCACUAACAAUAAAAAUAAUGAUCUCCAAACAAAUCUCCUUAAAACAUUCAUACUAGACGACAAAUCGCAUCUCAUUUCUCUCUCCACCUCUCUCCUCCGCUUCCCUGACGGCGAAGAUGACGACGUCACAAUGGACCAUAACCGAGCGGUUAUCUCCAAGCUACUACACCUCUGCUGCUCAGUCAACUCAGUCAACUGCGCUACGUCGUUAAUCAACGGCGAACUCGACGGAGGACGAGCUAUACUACCUUCGCUGAUCAACGAGGUUGAUAUUUCCGGUAUGUCUCCGCUGCACGCAGCGGCCGAAGCUCACGCAUUUCGUUGUGUGGAGAUGCUGCUCAAGAAGCGCGCCCGUACGGACCUCAGGACUAAAGACGGGCGCGGGCUGCUCCCUCUGGAGCUGUCAUUGUACAAAACAAGAAAGGAUAUGAUUUGGAAUCCAGAUGAUCACACCAUAGAAGAGUUAAUGGUUGAGCUUAGUGAUAAGGAUUUGAGGAGUGUGAGACUUUUGAUUGAGAAGACGAAGGAGUUUGAUGACGUGGCGUAUAGAAGCGCAGUGGAAGGGCGUGUAGUGGAUUUAGCUGUUCUGUUAGUAGUGGCGGCAAAGAAAAUAAAUGAGUUGAUUAUUGAGGUGCAAGGUGCCGAUUUGAAUUCCAAAAUUAAAACCACUAUUUUUGAGUGUGUUAUUGAAGAGGCGCUAGGCCGUGGUAGCGGAGGUACUUCCGCUAAACUGAAGUAUAGUGAUGGUCUAGUUAGUAAUAAGGAGGAGGAGGUUGAGGCUAAGGAGGGUGACCGGAAACGGAAACUUUUACUGUUCCAGAUUGAGUUGCUUCAGCUAUUCGGCGUUGUAGCCCUAACUAGCGGCACGGACAAGAAGCUGACGUCACCCUUGAUUCUUGCAUCACAGGUUAAAGAUGAAGCCAUAAUUGAAUUACUUCUGAAGACUAACAUAGACAUUAUCAAUGAUGUGGAUGCUGAUGGGAAUUCUGCACUUCAUUGGUGCCUCAGGACUACUAAGGGAAUGAGUAUGAAGCAAAUCAGGAUUAUGAUGCUGCUACUGCGGAAUGGUGCAAAAGUGAACCAAAAAAAUAAAUUGGGACUAACUGCAGUCCACAUAGCUGCUGGCAAUGGUAAUAUGCAGGCACUUAAGACACUUUUGGCGGAAGACCCGGAUACUGUCAAUUGUAAAACGGAAACCAAAGAAACCCCACUGUAUUUUGCUGUUAAGAAUGACCAUAAGUACUGUGUUGAAGCUCUUUUGCGCUGGGGAGCAAGCACAGAAGUCUUUAAUUUGAGAAAACAAAGACCUGUGGACUUGGCACAGUCACAGGACAUGCGGUUCUUACUUAACCCAACAAAUAUCAGCCUCACAAAUUCUUCACUUCCAAUCCGACAUAGAUAUACAGUAUGUUUACAAGGAGAUGAGGUGAUUUCAGAGACCUGUGAAGAGCUUUUCCCCAUGACAAAUGAAGGCAAGAUCACAGACAGAACUUGCCCCAGUAUGAAGACAGAAAUCUGCAAAUACUUUGAAUCUCCUACUGGAUGUGCCAGAGGCGGCAAAUGCUUGUUUGCACAUGAUAAGGAGGAGCUUAGGCAGAUGAAGCAGAGAACAGAUGCAAUUCAUUCAUAUGUUACAGGGGACCCUGAACGGAAAAUUUUCGUAGGAGGCUUACCUCCUUCAGUGGAUUCUGAUUUACUACGGAAACUUUUUGACAAGAAAUUUGGUUCAGUAGAUGAUGCUCAAGUUGUUGAAGUUCCACCGGGAGACAAAAAACCGGGGGACAAGAAACAGUCCAGAGGAUUUGGUUUUGUCACCUUCAAACACAAGAAAUCUGUUUCAGAAGCUGUGAAAGAACACUACAUUGCUGUUAUGGGCAAGCAAAUUGAAAUCAAAAGUGCUAUUCCUAAGUGUAUUUUACUAGCUGAGCUUCAAAAAUCAACCAGACUACAUGAGCAUGAACAUCAGCAUGAAGGGAAGAAUGCAAUGGGAUUGACACUCCUUGAAAAGGCGAAUGUGGGCAUACUCAGCAGAAAAACUCACAAUGGCGAUGGGGAGAUUGAAACGGAAUUGCCUAGUUAUAACACAGAAGAGGCAAAAUCUACGUCAAUUGAUAUGAUACUCCAUGGUCAACCGCAUGAAGAUGCUAGUAAAUGUCACAUGCAUAGAGAAAAUGUUCCAAGAUGGCUCAAAAUUUUCAAGAAGUGGCUACCCACUCACUUACAACAGGUAGCAAAGAGAAAUAUAGAUUAUGCUCUCUCGUCUCUGAAAGCCGAUUUCCGAAUUGCAUUUGGCCUAGAAAUGGAUCAUGCUUCUCUUGGUUUCUCGAAGCUUAGUGAUUUCAUCAGAACUUUCCCGGACAUUUGUCACACUAAGUUUAUGCCUAUAGGGAAACAGAAGUCUUCCAAUCACAUGAUACUUCUGCCUAGCCUUCGUAAGCCCUAUUCUCAGCAACUUCAUUCUCUGAAGGUACAGAGUUCAUCUUGCCAUGCAACUGAAGUCAGGAGUAGAAGUGAAUAUGAAGAUACCAAGGAUCUUCAGGAUCAAGAUAUCCCAUCGGUGUCUAGUAAAAAUGGCGCCUCAACCGAUUGCAUCUCUAAGCAAUCUCAUCAGACACCUAAUGAGAAUUCAAGGGAGACACCAGCGGGCGACUACUCGAUGUUUCUUCAAUUUUUGAUUCCAGACUCAACGUUUCAUUCUCGACCUUGGAAUUUAGGCGAGUAUGACACAUGCAUAGGAGUCUCUGUUGCUAGAGAAGAACAAGCAGAGAAGUUCAAGGGACCGAAACCCACGCCUCAAGAACGACAUGUGGUUUUGGAAGCCCUUGCUAGAAAGAGGAAAAAUCCCUCCGCGUUCUUUCUUCGCGAAUUCGACUUUUAUGAUAAUUACAAGGCAAGCAUAGUGCAGGGAAGAUGCUUUGGGUGCAACCAGCGGAGGGUACUUUGGGCGAAUAUUCCAUGCCAGCACUUGCUGUGGUGUGGGAACUGUAAACUUGAAGUGGCACUAGCAGCCAGAAGUAGUGAGCACAAGUGUGUGGUGUGUGAUAUCAAAGUGCAGAAUAUAGAUGUGGCCUCACUGCAUGAAUACUAUAAAAGCACAAGUGACAAAAUUGAUCUACUCCCGGCUUUUAACCCACAGUUGCUUACUCAAGUAACUUCCUAUCAAUUCUCUUAGAGGGGUAACUGAAAUUUGUUUUGCAGCUCUUCUCUAGUGGACAAAAGGUGCAAGACAUGAGAAGAGUACAGUAUACAUACAACUGCUGACCACUACUGCAUCUCAGUGAAAAAGGAACAAGCUUAUUGUUGGGAAAAAAUUCCCAACCUAGAAAUUUGUACAAACUGAUGAUAUCUUGAAGAAACUCGUUACAUACUUUUGUGGUGAAACUAGCUGCCUGGCGCCUGACAUUGUAAGUAUAGCUGCCUCUGGGGAACUAUCAACCCCUUUUCACCUAUAUGUUGAUAACUUCUGCUUGGAGGAAGUAUCACUUCUAUACUAAGUAGUAAGUAGUUUGUUUGGGAUGAUCAAUCCCUGUUCAAAUCCUAUACAUUUUUUAAUACCAACAAAGUCUUGUUUCAAUCAAAUUAGAACUGCUUUGAAGUUCUUAACCACAA